GUUUUCCCUUAAAGCGGUAUAUUUAGAUCAUAAGAAGUGCGGCACCAUUUAUCGUCGAAUUUAUCACCAAGGUAUGGCCUGCACCAGCGGCCCCAUCGCCGAUUACGGAUAUGGUCCUAAAAAUGCUGCAUGCAUAGAAGGUGGACCUCUACGAGAACGGUAUAUUCUGCAACAGUUUCAUUUUCACUGGGGACAUGAAAGCAAAUGGGGUUCAGAGCAUCACGUCGACGGUUUCAGCUAUUCCGGUGAAAUGCAUUUGGUAUUUCUUGCCGAACGUUACUCUGCACAGAAUGACGCACUAGAGGAUCCUGAAGGCCUUUGUGUGCUUGCAGUAUUCCUACAUCCUUCCAAAUACGGGGCGAAUACGUUGAUUUGCCACCAUAAUGAAGUUAUUUUCUUCUUUUUGAAAGAUUUGUCUCGGUACUACACCUAUGAGGGAUCACUGACAACACCGCCAUGUUCAGAAUGCGUCCGCUGGAUUGUCUGUGCCGAUCCUGUGGAAAUUUCGGAUUCGCAGGUACAUUUGCAACUUUGUUCGUGCACGUUUCAAAUAAGAACUGCAAGUGUAAUUUGUGUCAUCUAUUAA